UAUUUAUUUUACUUAACACAACAUUAUCAUCAAGAUGCCAUCAUCAACAACAAAAGAUAUUCAAAAUCAAUUAAAAACUAAAACUAUUGAUCCACAUCAUAAUGAUAAUGAUCAUUCAGAUAUUGCCAAUACUGGAACCGGUAAUAAAAAUGGUAAUUUAAAUAAUAAUAACAACAAUAGCCAUAAUGAUGAUACGACUGGUGGUGGUCGUUCAAGUUUACAACCAAAUAAUAUUGAACCUGGUGAUCCAUCAAGUGUUGAUGAAUGUUUAAAUCUAUUUAAAGCUUGUUGUAAGAAAAAAGCUGAUUUUGGCCUAGAAGAUAUGUUUUGGAUAAUGUUUUUAUUGAUCAUCAUAUUAUUUUCAAUAUUAAAAGGUUUUACACGUUAUACAUGGUCACAAAUAACAUAUAUGAUGUUAGGUUCAUUGGGUAUAUUAAUAUUAUUAUAUAUUGGUGCAACAAUAUUUAAUAAAUUUGUACUUGAAGAUUCAAGUACUGCACAUUGGAAUGCACAUGCAAGAUAUACACAAGCUGCCAUACAUUGUCGAUUGAAUGAAGAAGAACAACGUGUUCAUGUGAUUGCACCACCAAAAAUGGGUGGUGCUAAAUUGAAUAUUAUUUAUUCGGUUGGUGAUGUUCCAUUAGCUAAAACAACAUCAUCCGGUUCAUCAUCUACGAUUAAUGGUGGUAAUCCACAUUCAAGACAAGGUUCAAUUAGUAGCCAAAUAGGUAUUAUGCCAAAUGCAUUGUCCAAUAUAACAGCACAAGCUAUUCAAACAGCUGCUGCAUUACUUGGACAACCUUCUUCAAAUCAAUCGUCAAUUAAUCCGAUUGUUAGUACAACUUCUUCUUCUUCUUCUACAACAUCGAUGACAACGACGACAACAAUAACGUCGACAAUCACAAAACCAUCAAUCACCUCAACACAUUAUACCCAUCAUCAAUUUCAUCAUCAAACGAUUCCAGCCAUUAAAUCACCAAUUAUAGUGAAUAAAACUAGUCAGACUAGUGAUUCUUCAUUGACGAAUCAAAUGACCACUGGUACUACUGUUUCAAUGGCCACUUGUAGUUUAUUACCAUCAUCGUUAAAAGAUGAAAUUAUUGCCGAAGAAGAUGAUCGUCCUGAAACGCCUAGUUUUCAUUCAACCAACGGUAACAAUAAUAACAACAACGACAACAAUAAUCAAGAACAUUCUUCUGGUUAAUUCAUUUUUUCUCUUUUUUCAAUCAUCAUCAAUGAUUAAUUUACAUAAUGAUCCGAUAUAGAGAAUCAGAUCAUUAUCAUCUUAGUCAGUGUUUUUUUGUUUUUUGUUUCCAAUUAACACACAUUAACAUUACAAGCCUACAAAUGUAAAUGUAAAUUGUUGUUUAUAUAAAUCUACUAUAUCCACUUCUAAUUCGUGUAAAUAUUUAACACACAUUACAUCAAACAUCAUACACACAAAAUCAAUCAAUAACCCUGUUGAUCAGCCUAGAAUUUGGGCUCUAAUCAUGAAUAAAUGACACCUAAUGAAUGACAACAAAACACAAAACAAAACAAACUAUCAUUUUGG